AUGAGUCUUUGGGGCUGGAGUAAGAAGCGGCCCGCAACUUUGUCUAGCUCUGAUGCUGCAACCGAUGCAAAUGCUGGACAAAGAAAUUCAGUGAAAGGUUCAAAAAAAGUGCCAUUAAAGGACUCCCCCAGAGCCAUUGAGAGUCAAUUUGGUGAGAGUUUGGGUCUGAGGACGCGUGUUUUGCAAAAACUGGUGCGCAGCGGAUGUUUAGGGAUCGGUCCUCCCGAUUUGGUUCACACUACGCAGUACGAUGGACUUCGCCAUAAAGAAAUCGGUGAAUUUCACUACAUCAUCGGGCUGGAUGUUUCCUCGGAAGCAGCACCGAUUGCUUAUUUGAAUGCAUUGAAAUUGACCGGUACAGGGUUCCGGAACGAUGGACUGGUGUCUUGCUACUGCUCUAUGAACAUUUUCAGCAAAGUGGAUAUAAAGAUACGCUACGAGUCCGAAAAACACUAUCUGGUCAAUGCGAUCGAGUGUAUGUCUGGGACCACGAACGUGAAUCUGAGCGAGGAGCUCUGGGACGAGACAUUGGUGAGUGCAUUCAUACGCUCGAUGAUUAUAGGGUCGGAGCCGGACCGCAAACUGCCGGGCCUGGUCGAAGUGGCACCUGGAAUGGGCAACGGAAUCUCCUACUGUCACAAGUUACUUACCAAGCUUUUCAGGUUUUUACCGCGUGGCGUCAGUAUAGGUCACGACGUCACCAAGGGUAGCCAUGCGACAUACAGGAAUAAUUAUCUGACGGAAGCGAUUCUCAUAUUUCUCGGCCUUGCCAAAACGUUAGUACCGCAUGCGGUGCGACUUUUAGACAAUCUCAUUAAAGAGGACCCCGAUAAUGAGCUUUGCUACCGCACUGUGCUCAUAGCCGUAGUAACCCAGAGCGAGAGCUUCGAUCAGCUUGCUGUUGAAAAUAUCAACGAAACGAUGAGCCUGUUUUUCAAACAAGCCGAUCUUAGGAUAGAACAGCGUAUGAUUGAUCCGCUUACCGAUGUUCUUUGUAUGCAAGCUGCAUUUCUGCUCUCAAAAAACGAUUUUGAUCUUGCUCUACCCGUCGCUCAGAAAGCUACUCGUCUAUCGUCGGACAGUUUCGAAGCGUGGGAGUGCUUGGCAAAAUGCUAUAUUGGACUUCGGAAUUAUGAACAGGCACUCAUUGCGGUUAACGCUAUGCCACAGUUACCAGCAUCAGACGACUGCAAGGCAGAAUUACUCGCGGAGAAAUUAGAAAAUUACUAUUAUCAGCGCCCGUUAGGCAGAGGUCCCUCCCCACAAUUGCAAGCGGCAGAGCUAGAUUACGUUGCGACUAAUUUGAAAUUGAAGGACAGAGACAUCGCAGAACUGGUUUUCGGUCGCAUAGUGAUGCCUCGCGUCGAAAACCGCGGCUCGAUCAAUGAGCUCUGGACGGAGGCUUGCGCUCUUAUAGGCCCCGUAUACGGCCCUCAAUCGUGUACGCUCGCAAAUUUUGUUUCUAUGCAAGAGAUCAACUCGCUCAAGGACACAGAGCUGCUGGCGCGCAAUACCAUUGCCAACCAACUGUCGUGGUCUCUGCGACGUGUCUACGACUUACUCAUGACAAUCACAGAGAAAAUAGGCUGGAACACGCUUCUAGACCUGCGCUCCACCAUAUUUGUUAUGCAGCGCGAAUACCAGGUAUCUGCCACCUCAACAGCAACAGUUUACCAACUGCGGCAGAAAAGACUGUGUGAGCGAUGGCUCGACACUCUGUUUCUGGACCUUUACAGCGACCUGAAGAUCGCCAAACACGCCUCGGAGCGGAAAAACAAUAUGCUGAGCGGACUCGAGUGGGAGCUACUAGGACUUACGCUGGCACGGACUCAUCAUUGGUCCGAAGCCAUCGCAUGUCUGAGAACCAGCAUUGUUGCCCGUUUCGAUAUCGUCAGCGCAGAGGAACUGGUACAAAUAUAUCUCAGAGACGACCUUGAACCCACCGAGCUGCCUGACACUGAGAUCAUGCUCGACAUACUUCUGCAAAAGCUAUCCUACGAGAGCAGAUUCUACAACUAUUUCCAAAUUUCCAAUUUACAACUACUCGCCAAAUUGGCUACUUUUCAAGACGUCGACGCGAUAAGGCAUCAACUCCACGUGCUACCAAGAGCCGAGUCCGGUAUCGUGGCGCUAACGGAUCAAUUUCUCGACUACAUAUACCAGUUCUCUCAGGUUUAA